CGCAUAGUAAUAGUUUAUGCUUAUUAUUAUAAUGAGAGUGAUAUUGAAAGAAGAGUGAAUGCAGGAAAUAUGGUGAAUGGAGUUUUGAACUCCUUUAUGAACAGGCAGAAGGUGUCUAACAAGGCUCGUUUGGCUGUGCUUGAGGGGUUGGUGGUUUCAACACUCAUACCAGACCUAGGCGGACGUUUCGAGACCAAAUCAGUCUUGAAAAAAGGCCAGGUCAAGAAUACUCUAAUCCGAAGAACAUGUAUGAAAGGAACAAUGAAAGUGGACGAAGCGAAACAAGUAUAUAUGGGUUCUAACAAGUGGAAAGAAGUGGUCUCUCCCUACCCCUACGGGAAAGAGGCGUGAUUAUUUAACAAGGCUACAAAAUACACGUUUUUAAUACGGAUGGAUAAUAUUUUGAAGAAGAUACACCACGCAGGUUUUGUCGGAAGGGAAAAGAUCUAGCUAUACAGUUAUCUUCUAGUUCUGCGGAUUGCUCGUCGGUUUUUAUCUGCAGCCAGAGGAGAUAUAUCUUAGAACGGUCCAAAAUAAAUUUCUAGAAGCAACGCUUUUAGAUGGCUACAAAAACCAUCGCCAGUGCUACUGUUAGAGCUGUGAAGAAAAGGGUGCUGCCUUCUAGAGCAGCUUUGGUAUUGACUCCGACAGCAAUAGAAAAAGUAAAAGAAAUUAUGUCUAAACAAGAAGCUAAGGGGUUUGUGGGUUUGAAAGUUGGAGUUCGACAAAGGGGUUGCAAUGGCUUAUCAUACACAUUGGACUAUGCCAAAGAGAAGGGUAAACUAGAUGAAGAGGUAAAACAAGAUGGGGUUACGAUAAUAAUUGAUAGAAAAGCACAAUUAACUCUACUAGGAACUGAGAUGGACUAUGUUGAAGACAAGCUAUCAUCAGAAUUUGUGUUCAAUAAUCCCAAUAUAAAAGGCACAUGUGGUUGUGGUGAAUCAUUUAGUAUAUAGAAAUUAUAUAAAGUAAUGCUAAUAGGUUUCUUUUGUUACAUAUAGAUUGCUAUAUAAAUAUGCACCAAUUUUUCUAUUAUAUGAUAAUUUUAAAUUGCUGUUACACUUAAAGCAUUUGUGGAAUUAUAAGAACCGCUAAGGAUUAAAAUACUAUAGUGCAUUGAUUAUUCAAAUAUCAUUAUUUUAUGGUGUCUGGAAUUUAAACAUACAUACAUAAAAUAGAUAUUUGGAUGAAACAGCAAUAAAAUCCAUUUUGAUCAUAAUAUAAUAGUGAAAGUGAAUAAAAAUAAGUUCAUGGAACAACUUUAUAGAUCAGCUGUGUGAUCAACAUAGGUGUUUAUUUCAAGCUAGAUAGUACUGUAAAAGAUGUAUCCAUAUUCCAGGAGUCUCAAUAUAAUAUCUAAAUAUGGUCGAGUAUUUCUUGAUUAAACACAAAUGGAUGUAGUUCCUGAAAAACAUCCCAAGCUGCAAACAUCACAUUUCAAGGAAUUUGUAUGUAAAGUUUUAUAAAUAUUCAUGUAUUCCAUAAAUGUGGGUUGGGUUACUAAGUCAUGAUGUCAUUUAAAGAUUGAAAGGAGGGCUGCCAAUUUUGUCAGUCCAUUAAUAUGAAUUAUGUGACCAGUUUUGUGUUCUUUACUCAAUUUCGACAUUAUGGUGUUCGAUAUGGAAUUACUUCCAAUUAUGAAAACAUUGACACUUGCUCACAGAUUACGUAAUACUAAGACACCUUCUAAAACAUAGACUUAGUAGGUCUGUAUAACAGAAGGUCUGGCAAAUAUAGGCCCAUAAUAACUAGGUAAUUUUACAUCUUAGUGACACUAACCCGCAACUCACCUAUAAAUUACAUAGUCACACAUAGCAGAUUCAUACUAUAUUAUUUAGUCCCAUACUAUGUGAUAAUUUAAUACCAAUAAUUUCAAUAAUAAUAAAUAUUAUUGUUAUUAUAUUACUGUAAUAGAAAAAUUGGUUGCUCUUUUUUUUUAAGAAAAAUAUUGUACAUAGAUAUAGUUGAUAUUAUGUAAUGUUUUGUGUAUAAUAAAGAAUUUUAGUAGCUUA